GUUCAUCACUGAUGGGUUCAUCAGCUCCACCGGCAACAGUGGCACGUGGGUGUGGGAUUAUCCCAAAGGAUUUCCUUGGGUUAAACUUAGGAAUCUGGAAGGUUUUGCUGAGAAUCUGCUAGCUGGGGGAAGCUCUCCUCUGCUGCAGUGCUGAGCUCUGCCGAGCUUACCUCAGCUGGCGGGGGGUGUCCUUUGAGCCUGAAGCUUGGCACAGUGCUAAAAACCCCCAUGAGCUGGAGAGGGGAAGGGACCUCUGCAUGACAGGUGGCAAACGUGCCACCCGCCAUCCCAGUCCCCAGGGGAAUGGGGAUCAGGUCAAAGCAUCCCCAAAGCCUCUGGAACCACGGGAGCAGCUCAGACAGUGCAGAGGCGGGUCAGAGGCUGCACGGCGAGAACCAUCCCACACAAGCAGGGCAGCUUCUGCCCUCAGAGCCACCUUUUGCUCCCACCAGCCCAGCUCAGCACGCCCCAGUUGAGCUCAGGCGAUGGGCACGGGGCGGGUGCCUCCCACCCUGGGACUGCUGGCAGGUGCCGCCAACCCCUGCUCCCCCAGGUACUUGUCAUGGCCAGCUGCGAUGUGGAUGUUACUCAACGCCUCCAUCCUCCUUCCAGAAAACAAGAUGCUGAGGGGUGGGUGGGUGUGACUGGCUGGGGACUCCUCGCUGGGGAGGUCAACCCACCCCUCUUUCUGAUAUCAGCAGGGGAUGAGAAGCGGACAAACCCUCUGAGAGCAACUGAGCUGGUGGAAGAGCCCAAGAUGGACCCUCCUGGGUCCCCUGCAUCCAGCAGGCAGGAGCAGAGGGACACAUAAACAAACACAUAAAUAGCAGGUGGCUUUCCCAAGACUCAUUUAUCAAGGAACAAAGUUAGUUGUGGGUAUAAGGAGUCUCAUGCAUACCUUUCCCAUCACACAUAACUUGACUAUGAGCCAACCGCUUUAUUCCGUAAAUAUGACGGCCUGAGUGAGUUUUCCGAGCUCUCCCUGCUAGGCAGCGUGGCUGCACGGCGGUGAUCUCCCCUCCAGCUGGGACACCUCUCGAGGUUGCUCCUCGAGGCGGGGAGACCUUUCACCAACAGCAGAUCUUUGGUAAGCGACUGGUAUCAUGCAUAACCUCGUAUUAUGGCAACUCUGAUUUGUGCCUUGGUAACUUUGAUUUUGUCCUGGUAGUCCUGAAUCAUUGUCCAAAUGAUUGUGUAGUAGAUUAACAGCCUGAACCCUUGCCAUCGCGCUUUUAGGAUAUCAUGCUAAAACCACUUUUGCUGAACAUUUGUCACCGUUCUUUAAGCAAUCUGAAUCACCCAUGUGCAACGCUGUGUCACAGGAGCUGCAUGGCCAGCCCGGGGUACACCCUGCCCCCCAAACCAGAGACCCCCAACCUACUGCGAAAGGGCAGCCCCGGUGCCCAGGGAGGGGGCAAAGGAGGUGACCCACAACCCUGGCAGCGGGCUGAGGAUGUGGGCAGCAGGCCAGGGCCGAGGCCCUGUGGGGAGCGCUAGGCCCAGAGACCUGUGCAGAUCGCUCCUUUCCCGCCGUGAAGGGCGGGAGCCCCGGGGCUGCUCUCCCAGAGCUGCGGGUCCCACCAGGGCACGGUACGGGUUGGUCGAGAAGCGGCCGCUGCUCCAGCGGUACCAAACCGGACCCGCUGACCGCCAUGACACCACCCUACCAGCCCCCACAAGGCGGAUUUAAAUGGCAUCUCGUCCCACCAAUCACCAUCCGUCUCGGACGGUCCGACCCGCCUCCGCCCCAAGUCCACCCUUCGAUUGGUCGCCGGGGCUGAAUUUUAAACCCUGCCGCCCUGCCCCCUAGCAACCGCAUCCCUACCCGCUCGCCGAUUGGCCGCCGCCUGGGACCGCCCCGUGCUCUGAUUGGACGACUCUCGGCCAGUGCUGGCCGGCCGCUACCGAACUGCUACUUUCAAAAGAGCCGGGGCCGGCUGCGGGGUGGCGGUGCAGCUUGCUUGUAGAGGCCAAGGGAGAGAAUGCCAUUGCCACGCAACGCCAAGAUGCUGAGCACCAAGCAGCCCCGAGCAGGCAAGGUGGGCCCUGCUGCACAGAAUGCCAACUCUGAGAAGGAGGAGAGCUGUCAGGCCAAGAGGUCUCCAUCCUCACCCCAGGGUGGGCCCAAGAAGAGGUCAGCAUUUGGGGACAUCACCAAUGCUCACAAGAACCAGGUGGUGGCAGGGAAGAAGGAGGCAGUGAAAGUGGCACCACACAAAGUACAGAGGGCCCAUGCUUCCCUGGGGGUGGCCAAGAACAAUGAGAUCAACCUGAAAAAGUCAAUGAAGAAAACUCCCCCAACAGAGGCUCCUGCAGAGCCCAAGGAGGAUCCUGUGCCAGAGGAACCGGUGCCUGCGCAGGUACCAGCAGUAGAGGACAUAGACAAGGAGCAGCUGGGUGACCCCUACGCCAAUGCAGAGUAUGCCAAGGAGAUCUUCGAAUACAUGCAGGGAAGAGAGGAGAAAUUCAUGCUCCCUGACUACAUGGAGAAGCAGCCAGACAUAAGUGGACACAUGCGUGCCAUCCUAGUGGACUGGAUGGUGGAGGUGCAGGAGAACUUUGAGCUGAACCACGAGACGCUGUACCUGGCUGUGAAGCUGGUGGACCACUACCUGGUGGAGGUGGUGAGCAUGAGGGACAAGCUGCAGCUCAUCGGCUCCACUGCUAUCCUCAUUGCCUCCAAAUUUGAGGAACGAUGCCCGCCAUGUGUGGAUGACUUCCUCUACAUCUGCGAUGAUGCCUACAAGCGGGAAGAGCUCAUUGCUAUGGAGAUGAGCAUCCUCAGCACCCUCAAGUUCGACAUCAACAUCCCCAUCCCCUACCGGUUCCUGCGACGCUUUGCCAAGUGUGCCCACGCCACCAUGGAGACGCUGACGCUGGCCCGUUUCCUCUGCGAGAUGACCCUGCAAGAGUACGACUAUGCUAGGGAGAGCCCCUCCAAACUGGCUGCCAGCUGCCUGCUGCUGGCCCUCACCAUGAAGAACCUUGGUGGCUGGACCCCUACGCUAGAGUACUACAGCGGGUACCGCUCCCAGGACCUGCAUCCUCUGGUGAAGAGGCUGAAUUUCCUGCUCACAUACCAGCCCCACGACAAGCUGAAGGCUGUGCGCACCAAGUACUCACACAAGGUCUUCUUUGAGGUUGCAAAAGUCACGCCCAUGGACAUGCUCAAGCUGGAUGAGAUACUGAAGAACUGCUAGCCCUGUCUUUGUAAAUAGCCUGUAAAUAGCUGGGUGCUCUCUGGCGGGGGAGCACCAUGUACAUAAAUAAUAGUAAUUUUAACUGGAGGGGAGGGGGGAAAAAAGUCAUGUGGAGCUGUCAAUAAAAUGUUGUUUGUCUUAUGGGCUGGUGGUGGCUGUUGGGACAGGGGUAGAGGAUGGUGAUGGAGAUGAUGCUGAGCCCCUGAGCUGUGGUUUCCCCUUGCUGGGUUGGGGCAGAGGGGGG